ACUCAAAAAAUGACUCAUGGAUCUUUGCCCUGGCCGUGCUUCUGAGCAGCAUGUUUGUCUACAACAGCAUGAACCACAUCAACCACCAGGCCCUGGAGCAGCUACACUAUGUGACUGAACUAACAAAGCUAAUCAGAGCAAAAUCUUCUCCCAGCUCUGGUGAAGCAGGUGACUCAGCCGAGUUUGUGAGUUUCUUUCCAGACUUUGUUUGGGUUGUACGGGAUUUCAUGCUGGAGCUGAAGUUAGAUGGUCGCACCAUCACUGAAGAUGAGUACCUGGAGCAUGCCUUGGAGUUGGUUUCAGGCGAGAAUCCCAAAAUCCAGCAUUCCAACAUGCCUAGAAAGUAUAUCAGGAAGUUCUUUCCCAAGCGAAAGUGCUUUAUUUUUGAACGUCCUACAAAUGACAAAAACUUGUUACAACAUAUGGAGGGGGUGUCAGAAAACCAACUGGAGUGCAGUUUCCAGGUUCAAUCCAAAAAUUUCUGUAACUAUAUCUUCACAACUGCAAAAACCAAGACUCUCAGAGAAGGAAUCAUUGUCACUGGAAAUCGGCUGGGGACAUUGGCAAAGGCCUAUGUGGAUGCCAUCAACAGUGGAGCAGUGCCUUGUUUGGAAAAUGCAGUGAUAACUCUGGCUCAGCGUGAGAAUUCAGCAGCCAUGCAGAAGGCAGCCGACCACUACAGCCAGCAGAUGGCCCAGAGAGUGAGCUUCCCCACAGACACUCUGCAGGAGCUGCUGGACCUGCACGCAACCUGUGAGAAGAAAGCCAUUGCAAUCUUCUUGAAGCAUUCCUUCAAAGAUAACAACCAGGUGUUCCAAAAGAAGCUUCAGGACAUCAUAAAGAAAAAGAAGAAAAAAUUCUUGCUGAAGAAUGAAGAGGAAUCUCUCAAAUAUUGCCAGGCUCAGCUUACACAGCUUUCAGAGCGGCUGAUGGAAGGCAUUUCGAAAGGAACUUUCUCUGUACCUGGAGGAUACAUUCUUUACUCAGAGGAAAUGAAUAAGAUUGAAAGGUCCUAUGAAUUGGUGCCCAGGAAAGGAGUGAAGGCAAUGGAGGUCCUCCAGAACUUCAAGCAGUCACAGGCUGCAACAAAGGAAUCCAUCAUGCAGAUUGAUAAGGCCCUCACUGCUGGUGGGAAGGCUCUAGAAGCUGAACAAGCCAAGACCGAGGAAUUGGAACGAAAACAGGAGUUGCUAACACAGACACUGAAUGAAACACAGCAAAAAAUGGAGGCUCUAGAGAGAAGCUACCAGGAAAACAUUGCCCAGAUGAAUGAGAAGAUGAAAGAGCAGAAAAACAAACUGAAAGAGCAGGAAAAAAUUCUGCAGCACAUGCUGAUGGUAGGUCGGGAAUCUAUAAGACAAAUGUUGGAGGAAAUGCAAAAGAAAAAUGAGCAGAUGAUGGAAGAGGAAAAAGAGAUUCAUGAGGAAAAUUUACAGUGUCUCCAGGAGAAAUACAAGGAAGAGAUCAAGAAACUUCAAGAUGAAGUAAAGGUUUUGGAGGAGAAAAUGAAAGAAACAAAAUGUACCAUAUCCUAA